AAGCACACGGUAGAGCUCAAAUGGCAGCAGCUAACGUGCUCCAAGUAAGCCCUUUGUGUUCUCCAAAGCCCAAUUCAAGCUCUCCUCUCUCUCUCGUACCCCAAUGCGCCUCUCUCAGAGAGCUCAAGCAAAUCCAAGCCUUUGCCAUAAAAACCCACCUCCAGAACGACUUCACUGUCCUCGCCAAGCUCAUCAGUUUCUGUACUCUCAUUCCCAGUGGCCCCGCCAUGGACCACGCACGCAACCUGUUCGAUCAAAUUUCCCAACCUGACAUUGUCGUCUUCAACACCUUGGCCCGUGGCUAUUCCCGCUCCGAUACGCCUCUUCGAGCGAUUGUGCUCUUUUCUGAUAUUCUUUGCUCUGGCAUCGCCCCCGAUGACUACACCUUCCCGUCCCUCCUCAAGGCAUGUGCAAGCUCUAAGGCGUUACAAGAAGGCAAACAAUUGCAUUGCCUUGCUAUCAAACUUGGGCUCAACAGUAAUAUAUAUGUAUGUCCUACACUAAUAAACAUGUAUACUGAGUGUGGAGAUGUGGAUGCUGCCCGUCUUGUCUUUGAUAAGAUAACUGAGCCUUGUGUUGUUACUUUUAAUGCAAUAAUCACUGGUUAUGCUCGAAGUACUCGGCCCAAUGAGGCAUUGUCGUUGUUCCGAGAAUUGCAAGCGAGGAAUAUCCAGCCUACUGAUGUAACUAUGCUUAGUGUUCUUUCAUCAUGUGCCUUGUUAGGAGCAUUUGACUUGGGGAGGUGGAUACAUGAGUAUAUUAAGAAGAAUGGUUUUGAUAAAUAUGUAAAGGUGAACACUGCACUAAUAGAUAUGUAUGCGAAGUGUGGAAGCCUGGAUGAGGCUGCGUCUGUGUUUGAGAACAUGCCUGUAAGAGACACGCAGGCUUGGUCGGCAAUGAUUAUGGCGUAUGCCACUCAUGGUCAUGGUUCCAAAGCCAUAACAAUGUUUGAGGAAAUGAAUAGGGCUAGAGUGCGACCUGAUGAGAUUACAUUUUUGGGCCUUUUAUACGCUUGCAGCCACACUGGCUUAGUAGAGGAAGGCUGUUGGUAUUUCUACAGCAUGAGUGACAAGUAUGGGAUACUGCCUGGGAUAAAGCACUAUGGAUGUAUGGUGGAUUUGCUAGGUCGAGCGGGGCGCUUAGAUGAGGCUUAUAACUUUAUAGAUGGAUUGCCAAUCAAGCCAACUCCCAUACUUUGGCGGACUUUGUUAUCUUCUUGUAGCAGCCACGGCAAUGUAGAAUUGGCGAAGCAGGUGUUUGGACGGAUUUCUGAAUUAGAUGACUCUCAUGGUGGAGACUAUGUGAUCUUAUCAAACUUGUGUGGUAGGGCUGGUAGAUGGGAAGAUGUGAACAAUUUGAGGAAAAUGAUGAAAGAUAAAGGAGUGGUGAAGGUACCUGGGUGUAGCUCAGUGGAGGUGAACAAUGUAGUGCAUGAAUUCUUCUCUGGUGAGGGGGUGCAACCUGUUUCUAAAGACUUGCACCGGGCACUUGACGAGUUAGUCAAGGAAUUAAAGUUGGUUGGGUACAGCCCUGAUACUUCUUUAGUCUUCCAUGCAGACAUGGAAGAAGAAGACAAAGAAAUUCCUCUGAGAUAUCAUAGUGAGAAAUUGGCUAUUACUUUUGGGCUCCUAAACACUCCUCCUGGCACAACAAUUUGGGUGGUGAAGAACCUAAAGGUCUGUGGAGAUUGCCAUUCAGCUGCUAAAUUUAUAACAUUAAUUUUUGAUAGACAGAUAAUUCUUAGAGAUGUCCAGCGAUUCCAUCAUUUCAAAGAUGGGAAGUGCUCUUGUGGGGAUUACUGGUAGUAAAAUUUGUUGAGCCAAAAAUCAUGUUUCACAUAACAGAUAGUUGUACCGGACAUUGUUGCAGCAUAUUUUCUCACGAUCAUUGGAGGGCAUUCUCUUUAAUUCCAAUCGCAUCUAGCAUCUUCUUUUUUUAUGACAAACUCUCAGUGAUGUUCAUGAUGUGAGAGCUGGGAAGAGCAAAAAAGAUUGGCUCCAUGGUCAGGCUUGUAAAUGGAUUGUGACCUUCAUUGGUGUUUUUCAACAGCCAAUGUGUAGAAGUUUGGCAUCAAGCUAGUGAUCUUGCUAUGUAAUAUCCCCCAAUGACAUUACCUGGUUUUGGUUGAUAUAUGAUGCAUAAAUAUGCAUUUCGGUAUCAGUUUGUAAAAAUAUAAUCAUAUAAUCACUACACCAUUGAAGACUUGGUUAAUUGCUGUGGAUUUACUC